AUGGCAAUCAGCCCCGCAGGUUUUGGUGGCGGCUGGCCGCCCAAGCGCACGCUGAACCCCCAAAUUUUGGGCUUGGUUGAGAUCCGAUCCACAUCCACACUUGCCAUUUCCGCCAGAUCCACGGCGAAGCGAUUCCUUGCACGAGAUCCGAGACCGUUUACUACUGUCCCUAUUUCCAUGUCGAGAGACCUGAAUUUCCUCUUGGAUCAGAAGCGGAGGGUUCUAAGCACGGCCGUGCCGUGGAACGGGCCGCGCCUCUGUUGUCAAUCCUUGAAGACGGCCCGCCUGUGCUCUGCGACUACACACUCAAUCUGUAACCAGCAGCGAAUCCCGACCGAGCCUCACUCGUCGCGAACCCGUCCUUGGUUAGCCAAGCCCAUCGUUUCGACCUCGAGCCGAGUCCAGCAUCAUCAAGUUGGUGAUGCCCCAUCAUCAUUCUUGGGACAAGGUAUCCUCCCCAUAAUCAUUUCUAGGUCCCGUCCUACUCCAUCCACUAGCCCACUCGGCUUGUGCCAGUGUAAGUUUGAUCUCGCCUCUCGUCGGGUACUGGGCUGUAUCAGCCAAUGGUUGUUUGUUUCGUCGGAUAUUAACAGUAGUAGUGGUCUUCAAAGAUGGCAGCAGCACAAAGAACAUGGCAAGUCUGAACGGAGUGGUUCAUCCAGAGACAAGAAAGGCCCAAUCGUCACACACUACCCCCCACCUCCACCCGCCACACCUGCCACCCCGUAUGGCCCAUCGCCGCCACCUCCAUACCCUCUCGGCGUUACACCGCCGCCGCCGCCGCCGCCGGGUACGGCACAGGGGUAUUCUCCAGCCGGCUAUCCUCCCAACCCUUAUCCCGGAGGGUACCAACCACCUCCCCCGCCACCCCAUUAUGGGCAGUAUCCGGCACCUCCGGCGCCGCCCCAGUACGUCCAGCAAUCCCCGUACGGGCCGCCUUCUUACCCACCAGCGCAAUAUCCUCCUGCGCCCGGUUACUACGCUCCUGGUGCUGCUCCACCGCCCGCCCCGCCCCCGCCUUCCUACCCGCCAGGCACAUAUCCACCGCAACAGUACGGACUACCGCCACCACCGCCGCCUUCGUCUUCGGCAGCUUAUCCCCCACAGCCAGGCUCGACACCUUAUCCCCCACCCCAUUACCCACCUCAACCUCCGCCCACGCCUCCGCCCGGCGCUUUUCACUACACCCCCAGCCAACCACCCCCGUACCCCCCGCCGCAGCCUCAAUACUCUCCCCCACCAGGCUGGGUUCCACCCUACGCCGGGCCGCCCUCAACACCACACUCAGCGAACCAGACCCCGCUGGGAGCUCAUCGCGGCAGGCACCAGAAGAACCAAGGAUCCAAACGCCCACAACAUCAUCGGGACAAAACCCGGCAAACAAACGAGAAGCAUGGAAAGGGUAGCUCUCGUCAUGAGCGUCGAGGACGUCGACCCAGCCGGGGCGAGCAACAAGUAAAGACUGACGACGCGCAAACUGUAACUGAAGACCCCGAAAGGGCAAAUCAAGGCCCUUCUGAAGAGGCGGCGGCUGGAAAAGAAGAGAAAGAUGCUCCCGACUUGGAUCCCGAGUUGGAGGAGGAGCUCAGGGUGGCUUUCCCGGGGAUCAAAACUAACCACCCUGCUGACCCCGUUGGCAUUCCCAUUUCUGACAAGUACAGCGACGAUGCAACAAUACCGCCAGCAUACGAUGCCACAUGCGUGAAGUCCGAGUUCUUCCAGGAGGACAAUCAGAAGGACUUCGUGCGGUCCAUCAGGGAGCAUCCCUCCUGGUCCAAGUUUCGGCAUGACCCGGUUUUCAAGCACUACCCAGGAAUGGCGACGCGGCGCUUUGCUGAUUGUGAGCAUGAAUACCCAAGCUAUGAUCCUUCGGACGGACCGCCUUCACCGUCGGCCAUCAAGCUACCGCCCCGAUUCAGAGUUGACCGGUCACCGAUAAAAGCGAAGAGGGACGGGGCAGACCAGUAUUGCAGAGAUGGCCGCAGUGGCCCUGCUCAGCACCACUCGGCUCGAGAUCGCCAACAUCAUGACUUGGGACGCGAUCGAUUGAACGGAGAUGACAGGGACGAGCGCCGCCCACAGAAACGGUCCUUUGACACUGGUCUGGAUAAUGACCGAGACGACCGGGACCCGAAACGGAACCGACGGUGGUCUCAGAAAAGCAGAUCGCUCGAGAACCACGACCGAGCCAUUUCUCCGCGUCAACGCAGCAGGUCCCCGCCCAGGUUCAAUUAUGAGGGCGACCCGUGGUCCCCGCAGGCAGGAGAGACCAGCUUCAAACAUUCCAGUGAUCGCCACCGAAGCGACGUCUUGACCGACCCCAAGUACUCCCCUCGGCGGGAGGAGAGAUUGAGUUAUGCCGACAAACGGCAUGAUAGCGGCUAUCUCAGCGGGCAAUCUGUUCAAAAGAACGGGCCACGCUACCGUGAAGAUGAUCGGGGGCGUCGGAACUCGGACCGGUCCCAUCGGAGGCACAGGUCACCGUCCCGGAGCCGAAGCCGUAGCCGUGGCGGGCGCCGGAGCCGCACUCGUGGCCGCAGCCGAGCCACGACCUCGAGCAGAAGCGACCGCAACCGCAGCGAAUCUCCUCUUGACGACCUCGAGGCCGGUCUUCUCGGUCUCGUUAGGGAGCUGAGUGAGCCGAGGUCCAAACCUGCGGCCAAGAAGCCGUCCAAAAAAGUCCAGGUGGCGUCGGUUUAUGGGCGGCGCUGGUAA